AAAUAAUGAUGAAAACGUUGUUGCUCUGUCGGACUGUGCGCCCUCGGUGCGCUCUGCGUCGUCACUGAAGUUUCCUGAUCCGCUGCUGCAGACGAGCUGAGCGCCACAGACAGUCAGCAGCUCCACAGAGAAGGAGAAGAAGAAGAAGCAGGAGACGGAGGAGAAAAUGCUCCAUGAACGGAUUUCACGGCUGGGAUGUCUUCAGGAUGGAUACACAGACACACAGAGAGAGGAAUGACGAGUAAAAACGCGGACACGCUGCCUGGACAUCAAACCUGGAAGCGAAUAAGGACGGUACAGUGAGGACGGAGCUCCAGAGAGAGGAUUCAGAGAGACGGAGAGGAGGAGAAGCAAAGAAGAAGAAGAGAGAAGAGAACGAGCAUGUUUAAAGUUAAACCGUGUCGUGUACAAGUGCGAGCCCGCAAAGCGAAGUCCCGCAACAGCUGCAGAAAAUGAGCGUGAAUUGAACGAAGGAUGAAUGUGGUUUGGGAUUUAUCUGCGAUUCUGCAAACAUUCAUCAUCUGCACGGCAUCAGCUCAGCCAAUCGCAUCCAAGCUUGAUGACAGUUGGUGGGCGUAUAAGGACGUCGUCCAGGGAAGCUUUGUUCCAGUCCCAUCCUUCUGGGGUCUGGUGCACUCAGCCUGGAAUCUGUGCGCCAUCGGGAAGAGGCAGUCCCCAAUCGACAUCGAGACCAGCCACAUGAUCUUCGACCCCUACCUGACCCCUCUGAGGCUCAACACGGGAGGACGAAAGAUGGGCGGGACCAUGUACAACACGGGGAAGCACGUGUCCCUGCGGCCUGACAAAGCCCACCUGGUGAACAUCUCGGGGGGGCCGCUGGGUUACAGCUACAGGCUGGAGGAGAUCCGCGUCCACUUUGGCAGCGAGGAUGCGUCGGGAUCAGAGCACCUCCUCAACGGGCAGGGCUUUCCUGGAGAGGUCCAGCUGAUCCAUUACAACCACGACCUGUACGCCAACUACACCGAGGCUGCAAAGAGUCCUCACGGCAUCGCUGUGGUCUCCAUCUUCAUUAAGCUCUCUGAAAACUCCAACUCCUUCCUGAACCGCAUGCUCAACAGAGACACCAUCACCAGAAUCAACUACAGACAUGAUGCGUUCUUAUUAAUGGGCCUGAACAUCGCCGACCUUUACCCCGACACCACCCGUUACAUCACCUACGAGGGCUCCAUCACCAUCCCCCCCUGCUACGAGACGUCCACCUGGAUCCUCAUCAACAAGCCCGUCUACGUCACACAGAUGCAGAUGCACUCCCUGCGCCUCCUCAGUCAGAACGAGCCCUAUAAGAUCUUCUUGAGUAUGAGUGACAACACUCGUCCCGCCCAGCCUCUCCUGCAGCGCUGCAUCCGCACCAACAUCAACUUCAGCAAGCAGGGCCGAGACUGCCCCAACAACCGCGCCCUGCGCCCCCAGUACAGAGUGAAUCAGUGGCUCCUGAAGUAGGAGAUGAAAAGAUACGAGGACUGCAGGAGAAAAAGUUGGAUUCACUCUCGUGUGUUUCACGGUGCCAAUCUGAGCUCAGCUGGACUCUUGAAGUGAAUGGACAGAAGCUGAACUCAGCAGAAGUUACUCCAACAGUCUGCUCUCCUCUUAAACAUCUAUAACCUGAACUAAUGUGGACCAGCAGGGACAAGAGUCUGAGGUGUGGAAUCUGCUGUCUGCACUAUACUGUGUGUUUAUCUGUUGUGUGAACUCAAAAACUCUGGACAUGUAAGGACUGGUUUUCUGAGGCUGCUACGUGAUGACAUCAUCUCCAUCGAUGGUCUGAACCCGCGGCCACAGAGAAACACUCAGCUGUGGCAGGAUGAGGGACAUAAAAAAACUGCUGGUUCUUAUAUCAAAUAGUAACUUUAAAAGGUAAUUUUCCAAGAGAAGAUGAAUUUCAGGUUCCACAGCUGCAGGAGGAGAAACAGAGAAAAGAGACUGCAGACCUGAACAGAUGGAGUCACAGUAAGGGGGAACAACGGGGUCGCUCAUUCUGCAUGAUUUAACAAUAAUUCACGUUUCUUCAAGGAGUUUUAUUAUAACAUUGUGACAGAAUUAAACAGGUUCCUGCUUUUACUUUGCAAAAUAAAAGGGCAGACCUCCAUCUGCAACUCCAACAGCUAA